CUGAGUGCUGAAUCCGAGCUGUUUUGGAAGCCGGUAGCCUGGCGAUUUGCGCUGUAGGAGGGCUCGACUAUGGUGCGCAACAGCGGUCUAUAUGGGUACAGGCCAAAGUACCUCCAGUUCCUCUGGAGGUGGGAGCGAAUGGCGGGAGAAGGCCCGAUGGUGACCGCCGUCCUGGACUACAACCGCUGCAAUCAGGAGGUCAGGCUAAAAAUAAAUGUGGAAGGAGGGAAAGAGGAAGUAAUGAGAGCGGAUCAGGGAUUGCAAGCGGCCAUCACGGAGGCAAAGGACCGUGCCGAGAGAAGGUGCAGGCGGGAUGGAGUCACCGACGAAAUCAAGGUGACCGUCUUGUACCUGGAGACAGAGACCUCUACGGAUACCACGAAGAGGGAGCAACAACACUUGGACCACGAUACGGAGGCCGAGAGUGACGCAAGCGACUUGGAGGCCACGACCCAGUCCUGGCGCGGUCUGGACCAGUGGCGACGGGACCACCCUCCGGCUGGAUCAGUGGAGGACGACCCGGAGGCUAGUUCACAAAGACAGAGGAACCGGGACCGAUAGGCGAAGAAGUCAGGGGUCAACACGUAGGAGAGGGACAUCACAGAGAAACAAGAGACGCGAGCGGCUACGAGAGGGAGGGACACGAUGUUUCUCUCCAAGUCUCCGCUGAAGUAAGCUCAAGAUUUCUUGCUGGAAGUGCCUGGAGUUUGUUACUAUCACCUUGCAUCAAAGAUUUUUCAGGGCUCGCCCUUCCCUGUGUGGUUGCUGCAUUUUCUGCCUUCUUGGCUUUUCCUUCUGACCUUAUGUUCAUGGAGUCCAUGCAUUCUUGCUCCUCCCCACCCGCCCUUUGCCCAGUCUUCCACCAAUAGCUCAAAUUGUUGUCCCCCCAGAAUGCUUCUCCGGAUGCUCCUACGUGGUUUUGCUCUUCGAGUAUGUGUGACCUUGCCUAUAGUUGUGUUAUAUGUUGGAGAAUGAUCUUCAAUUGCUAAAGAGGUUUACAUGACCUCUUUAUUGCUUAUGAUGAUGGUGAUCAUGGUGCUCCAGGUCGUACCCUUGGAUUCACUGCUCGCCUUCUCAUCACAUUGUCUUUCUAUUUGCUUCUCUGCAAUCAUGCCUUUCCUCUCGACCUUUGCUUAUUGCUAAUAGUAGCUUGCGUCCGCCCCUUAUGUUCCACCUAACAUGCCUUCUUAGUCUCCCGAUUGAUCACAUGUGCAUUCCAUCUCCAGAAUGUGAUGGUGUCACGUAGCACUACUUUUUGUGUCGAGGAAGUGGUUGUUGAUUGGUUAAACGGUCGAUAAGAACUGUGUGGUUAUUCUGUAUGGUGCUGAUCGUGAUUUGAUGGCCUUGCUUAGCGCUACUUUACCCUGUAAUGAUUAGUGUUCGAUUGGUUUAAGCUUAAAAGGUCUUCGUAAAGUGUCCAUUUGUUUUGUUGACGGUAGGUGGUGGCCCGACCAUAAUCGCUCCAAAACCUGCGUGCACUGUUCGUAGUGGUGCUGUUGUGAUGCAAUUUUUGAACUGCUCACUGAGGAAUCCUAUGCAGAACUCCGGCAGUUGCUCAAGUUUUCCGUCCUUAACUUGUCACCCUUCUCUAUUCUUUUUUACUUUGUUAGCAACUUAGCAUAUUAGUUCUUUCUGCGUGCUCCUAACCCUGGCAUUAUUUGUCUUGCGCAUGGGUGUUUGCUAUUGAUGCUCUUCUCUCGUCCUAUCCUCCGAUUCCUAAGGCUGGAUUAAAUGAUCUUUUCUCUCAUACGCUUUGACUUGCCUCCCCUUCGC